AUGAUCCGUGAUCAGGCGGCGCCGCCGACCCAACUUGAAAUAUUGUACUCUAACCAAUUGCAGAGUUGGGGCAUGGAAAGCGAUUUGAAGCUCCUUGGGCACCUCACUGGCCUCGAAGCUCUCAUUAUGCGGACUGAAGUUGAGUCCAGUCGUGUAAUUGUACGUCAGCUCCGCGUAAGCAGCCUGGGGAUGUUCGAUUCAGCUGUGAUCAAUGCCCUGUUAGUGAGGACCCCAGACAUUCCCUUCCAAUGGCGUACUCGACAGCUACAUCGCCAACCUCCAUCUUCAAGAAUGCACUCAAGUUUUGGUUCUUAUGACGAGAUUGCCUUGCACAUGUCCGAUGACAGCUUCACGUUCCCGACUGAUCCGACGAGCGCAGAAUCACAAUUCACCCAGCAUGACCUGCAGCUCCUUGGACAAUCAUCCCCAGAAUCGCCUCUCCGAGUUGUUGCACUCGUCGAUUACGACUCCUUCUAUGCCCAGUAUGAAUCUGUCAGGCUGGGUCUUCCCCCUUCCAAACCCCUCGCAGUGCGCCAAUGGAACGCCAUCAUCGCGUUGAAUUAUCCAGCAAAGGAUCGCGGACUGAAGAGGACUAUCUCAGUGGAGGAAGCCCGUCGGCUCUGCCCAGACAUCGUCCUUCAACAUGUCCCAACUUGGAGGGAAGGCGACGAUUGCUGGAGGUACAGGGCCGACGUUCUGGACAAUUUGACGACGGACAAGGCCUCUCUGGACCCAUAUCGCGACAUGUCGCGAAGGACGAUGAAGCUUGUGCGAAGGAUUCUUCCGGCCACGCCUGCGCCUACCAUCGAGAGAGCCGGGGUGGAUGAGUUCUACGUUGACCUGUCAGCUCAAGUCUACCAGAUUCUGACGAAGCGAUUCCCUGGAUUGGGAUCGUUCAGCAACAACGCCGAAGAAACGCUACCGCUACCCCCGGUGGACACGUCGCUCAACUGGAAGUCGGACAAGGUGAUGGAUCUUCCCAAUGCCCGUGACCCAGAAUACAUACUCGACUGGGACGACGUGGUACUGAGCAUCGGGGCUAGCAUUAUUCUCAAUAUCCGCAAAGAGAUCAAGGCGGAACUGGAACUCGCCACGUCCGCUGGCAUUAGCCAUAACAAGAUGCUCGCCAAGGUCGCUUCUCGAAUGAACAAACCAUUCGGUCAAACAAUCAUCAGGCGCAAAUGCAUCCCCACCAUUAUGCCGACCCUCAAAGUGACCUCACUCUCCGGUUUGGCAAGGCAGCUUGGUCAGAAAGUCGUCAAGGCGUUCGGGUCCGAUGGCAUACGCGACCUACUCCAGGUCUCACUUGCAGAGAUGAGAUCAGAAUUGGGAGCGCCAGAUGGUCAAUGGGUGUAUAGGGCCAUCAGAGGUGACGAGACAGGCCCAGUGAGGCCCCGGAGUGAAGUCCAGUCUUUGCUGGCUGCCAAGACCUUUGUGCCCAAAGCCGAGAACCUUCAACAGGCCAGCAAAUGGCUGCGAAUCUUUGCGGCAGAUCUCGAGUCGCGACUACGCGAUCUCGAUCUGGAUUCAGAGGUGCCUCGACGACCCAGGACUAUUGCUGUUCAACACCAUAUCCGGGGUCGGUUCGGCCCGACGCGAUCCAAGCAAGCGCCGAUCCCACCGCACGUCGAGAUCAACCGGGAUACCAUAUUUAACAUGCUGCAUGGAUUACUCAAGGAUCUUACAGACCACGGUGAGUCUUGGCCGUGCUUGGGUAUCUCUGUUAGCAUGUCGAAUCUGGAAUCCGGGGUGCCUACGUCUGAUCCUGGGCACCGUAUCACAUCCUUCUUUACAUCGGACUCCUCUGCGUCCCUUCGGAAACGAAGCCGAGAGGGAGAUGUGGCGAACAAGCAUGCAGGUAGAAAAAGGAUGUAUACAGCGAACGAUGCAGCAGAAGGCUCAACAUCAGAGAGAUUAGCUACUGCGAGUAUCUCGGCUCGGGCCGUUCAAGGUAGCUCAACAGACGAGCAAGGACAGCAAUACUUGUGCCCUAAGUGUGACGAGGCUGUGCAGCCAGAAGAUGUUCUCGAACACUUGGAUUGGCAUAAGUCGGCCUCUCGUCAGUCUAUGGAUCCCCACGACAGGGUCUCUUUCAGUCUCCCACGUUGCAUUGAACCCGGCAUGCGAGAAUACUCUGAUACAGAAUUCGAUGCGCUCCAAGAUGGCAUCGAUCUAAGUAGCAUAGACACCAAGACACGACGCUCUAUCUUUAUACAUACAGAUUUCAAACAUAGGCGAGUCUUACUCGAUACAGCUCAGAACGCCUCCAUUUCUAUUCCCUUUCCUGAUUCACAGGCUUUGGGCAGCUCGAGACUCGAGUUGAAGCUCACACAACGAAUGGAUGAUCCACUAUUCCCCAGACUCCGAGGGAUAAAUUACCGUUUCUGGCAAGUGGGGGAGGGGCUUACAAUCCGCGGGGUUCACAAGUCGGACGGGAUGAUGCCAUUGUGCCGUUCCUCAGACGAUUGUCCACAUCAGCAAAAGGAAAGAAAGCAAGACUCGGGCGCUUUCGGACCAUUUUCGGGGUCCACCGUUGAAGCCCAUCUGGUCGAAUUGGCUUCGGGUCAUUGGCCGGCUAUAGAUGGAAUAAGAGCUCCCGAGUUUGACGGACUCCAAUGCCUCGCCCUCGCAUAUUCGCCUUACCAGGCUUUCCUUUUCUUGCCCGUCACUGGAUCCCAUCGUAUCUGCACUUUGGUCAACAUGCCUAGCAUCGCUCGAUUCCGCACGCUAUGGGGCAUCUCCCCUGGCGACAACUUCGCCAACUGGGUCGCUCUAUUCCCAGAUCUCAAGGCCAAGGGCUACACCGGAGUCGAGAUUGACUACAGAGACAUUCCCGCCGAGCAACUACCCGAACUGAGACGCAUCCUCGAUCAAUUUGAAUUUCAGCUUGUCGCACAAAUCAUGUCCUCAUGGCCCGGAUACGUAGGUCCUAGGCCACCAGGGCUGACGCCAAAAGACCACCUCGAGCACUAUCGCAAGCAACUCGAACGUGCCCAAGUUCUCAAGCCUGUGAAAGUGAACGCACAGUCUGGAAGCGACAUCUGGACUCUCGACCAGUCCGUCGAGUUCUACCAAGGCACAUUCAAGAUCGACGAGGAACUGGGGUUUGCGGGGCGAGUGACACACGAGACACACCGAAACCGAUCCAUGUUCAACCCGUACGCGGCAAGGUACAUCCUGGAAAGAGUGCCAAACCUUCGCAUAACCGCCGACAUCUCGCACUGGGUCGUCGUCUCGGAGCGUCUGUUGGACGAGUCCGUAGAAGACCAGGAGGUCCUCGAAAAGGUCAUCCCGCAUAUCUACCACGUCCACGCCCGCAUCGGCACAACACAAGCAUCGCAGUGCGCCGACCCUUCAGACCCAGUCUAUAAGCCCGAGAGGGAAUUCUUUGAGCGGUUCUGGACAAAGGUCAUUCAACACAGCGCGACUCGCGGCGCCGAUUAUCAGAUCUCGUUUACGCCUGAAUACGGACCGUACCCGUACCACCCCUACCACAGCCCGAGAGUGUAUACUGAAGUCGCCGAUACUGAGGGUCUUCGCCUAGAGGGACUCUUCUUGGCGGCCUUGUAG